CGCCAUCACCACAGCGUCCCCGACGGGACCGCGGCUCACGGGGGGGGAGAAUCGGCGGCGAGGCGGCAGCAGAGAGCCGCGACGGGGCGGGCACAGGCGGCGGGCUCAGGUCGCUAGGGGGAGGCACGGCACCGGGAGAGCGGGACGGCGGCGCCGCCGCUUCCCGCAGCCCCGGUUUUGCUUUCCGUUUCGGGGUGCCUCCUCUGCAUGGAUAUAUUUUUUAUUUAUUUAUUCUUUUCCUAGGGGGUGGGAGAGAGGGGAGGGGAGAGCCGCGGCGGGAGGACGAGCCGGCGGGCGGCGGGGAGAGCGCCGAGGCAGCCCCGUCACGGGGAGGAGGAGGAGGAGGAGGAGGAGAAGCCGGCGGAGCCUCGCCUCGCCUCGCCUCGCCCAGCCCAGCCCUGCCCCAGCGCGCAGCCCCUCCGCCGCCCCUGGCCGCCGGAGGCACCGGCGGCCGGCCGCCCGCCCUCAUGAUGGCCUCAACCGCCACCUGCACCAGGUUCACCGACGAGUACCAGCUCUUCGAGGAGCUCGGGAAAGGGGCGUUCUCGGUCGUGAGGAGAUGUAUGAAAAUUACGACAGGACAAGAGUAUGCUGCCAAAAUCAUCAACACCAAAAAGCUCUCGGCUAGGGAUCACCAGAAACUGGAAAGAGAAGCUAGAAUCUGUCGUCUCUUGAAGCAUCCCAAUAUUGUGCGGCUUCAUGACAGCAUAUCAGAAGAAGGAUUCCAUUACUUAGUCUUUGACUUAGUCACUGGAGGUGAAUUGUUUGAAGAUAUAGUUGCAAGAGAAUAUUACAGUGAAGCAGAUGCCAGUCAUUGUAUACAGCAGAUUCUAGAAAGUGUUAAUCAUUGUCAUCUAAAUGGCAUAGUUCACAGAGACCUGAAGCCUGAGAACUUACUUUUAGCUAGCAAAUCCAAGGGAGCAGCAGUAAAACUGGCAGACUUUGGGUUGGCUAUAGAAGUCCAAGGAGAACAACAGGCUUGGUUUGGCUUUGCUGGCACUCCAGGAUACCUUUCUCCAGAGGUCUUACGAAAAGAUCCCUAUGGAAAACCUGUGGAUAUGUGGGCAUGUGGUGUCAUUCUGUAUAUCCUCCUGGUGGGAUAUCCUCCUUUCUGGGAUGAAGACCAGCACAGACUCUACCAGCAGAUCAAGGCUGGUGCUUAUGAUUUUCCCUCACCAGAAUGGGAUACAGUGACUCCUGAGGCAAAAGACCUUAUCAAUAAAAUGCUCACUAUCAACCCAGCGAAACGUAUCACAGCAUCAGAAGCACUAAAGCAUCCAUGGAUCUGUCAACGUUCUACUGUUGCCUCUAUGAUGCACAGACAAGAGACUGUAGAUUGCUUGAAGAAAUUCAAUGCAAGACGAAAACUAAAGGGGGCCAUUUUGACAACUAUGCUGGCUACCAGAAAUUUCUCAGCAGCCAAGAGUUUACUGAAAAAGCCGGAUGGAGUUAAGAAAAGGAAGUCCAGUUCGAGUGUUCAGAUGAUGAUAAACAACAAAACGAACGUGGUAACCAGCCCCAAGGAAAAUAUUCCUACCCCGGCGCUGGAGCCCCAAACUACAGUAAUCCACAACCCUGAUGGAAAUAAGGAAUCAACAGAGAGUUCCAAUACAACCAUUGAAGACGAAGAUGUGAAAGCUCGUAAGCAGGAGAUUAUCAAGGUUACUGAGCAGUUGAUUGAAGCUAUCAACAAUGGGGACUUUGAAGCUUACACAAAAAUCUGUGAUCCAGGCCUUACGUCUUUUGAACCUGAAGCUUUGGGUAAUCUAGUAGAAGGGAUGGACUUUCACCGUUUUUACUUUGAAAAUGCAUUAUCCAAAAGUAAUAAGCCAAUCCACACCAUUAUCCUCAAUCCUCAUGUCCACCUUGUGGGUGACGAUGCUGCUUGCAUUGCAUAUAUACGGCUCACGCAGUACAUGGAUGGAAGUGGGAUGCCAAAGACAAUGCAGUCAGAGGAAACGCGGGUGUGGCACCGUCGUGACGGGAAAUGGCAGAAUGUUCACUUUCACCGUUCAGGGUCACCAACAGUACCCAUCAACUAAAAAUAUCAGCGGCGCCGCUCUUGCAUUAUCUGUACCCAACGCACCUGGUUGAUUACCAUCUUGGCCAUCCUGUUCUCUUCAUGCAUGUUUCUGAGUGCAUGAAGUUGUGAAGGUUCUUCACGUAACACAUUUGUGAUGCACCAUUUUGCUGUGUAUUCCAUCUGUACACUGUUAACAUUUAAAUGAAGGUGAUGUUCCAUGCAAAUAGAAAAUAGCAAGGCAUAAAAGACAAAAAAAAAAAAAAAACAGUUGAUGUACAGCAGUAGAUACAGGAUACAUUUGUCAUCUUUUCUCCAUUUAUGUCAAGUUUUGACAGACAACUUUAAAACCUAUCCUGUUUGUAAAAAAGGAAAAGAAACAAAAAAUACAUUUUACCCUCUUUUGUUUUUUUAAGAACUGUUUUUUGACUCCUCCUUUUCCCCUGAGUCCCUGGAUUUUGCUUUCGUUCUGGUAGGAAUGGUUAGGAUUUCCGCUGGCAGCUCUGUUACAGCAUGUAGAUGGACAAAAUCACUGAUAAAUGUGGAAGUGCUAAUAUCUUGGCUCUGUCCUAGCUGAAGCCUUCUUAGUUUAUUAGUCUGUGUAAACUGGAAAAAUCUCAUCAUUUGCUGGCUUGGCCACUUCAGAAUUAACUGUCAAUGUUCUGGCUAGUCAGCAGGUUUUUUUCUUUUGAAGUCUUUACCUUUGCUUUCUUACUAUGCUAAAUGAAAAUUUAUAUUGGAUAAUUAAGCAGAAUUAAAAAUUGCAAGGAACUAAGUGAUGAUUGAGAGGCAGGUUUUGAGGAUUAACAUGAAAGUAUAAAGAAAAAUAGAUUUUUAUCACUUUUUGGAUAUAUUGUAAAUUUAUUAAGGAGUCUUUAAAACAUUUUAAAAUUUUGUUUAAGCUAUAGACCACUUCAGUGGUUAAUAUACUCUAGAAGUAUUAGGCCUUAAAAGCUUAGUAUGAAGAGUUUAUUUACUUUCCAACGUUGCUGUUGCUUCUCUGGAAAUGUAUUAUGACUACACCAGUUUUCUAGUAACUGUAACACUUUUACCACAGAUUUGUUUCUCCUUCCUCUUCCCCCUCAAUCUGCUCUUUGUUUAUUAAAAUCAUCAGGCAGCAUACAGUAUCAAGGACAACAAUCUCUGCAGCAUUACCAGCUUGUUUUGGCUCUUUAUCCCUGGCUGCAAAUGUCUGUACACUGUGAAGGGAAUGCACUCAAUGUCAGUUCAGAACACAAACUUUGUGACAGGGACUAUUUUCGCUUCCUUUACACGGCUAUGAACUACAUCCUUGCAAGCAUUUAGAUUUGUUCCCUUCCAUUUUUAAUAGAAAAAUGCAGGGAUUGGUUAUUUCUUUCUCAUUUGUUUUAUUACCAACAGGGCUAACUGUUUUCUGCAGCACUGUAUCAUGCAUGGUAUCUCAAUCAAUGUUCUUUUUAGCAGUGGAAAAUUUACAACUCGACAGCCUGAAGUUUAUAAAAUGGGAAAGCUUCCUAAUUUGUAUAAUUUCACCUUUCUGUGUUGAUUACUAAUCAAAAGCAGUUCUUAAACAUUUUGAUGUUGUUACUAGUGGAUGUAUGGUAGAUGGAUUUAAGCUUCUCUGAUAAUUAUUACGUGAUUUUAAACAAUAUAUAUUUAAAAUAAGCAUCUACAAUAAAUGUGUUGAGCCAUAUUAACCUGCCAAUGGGAUCUGUGAAAAAAAAGUAAUGGCCUCAUUUUUUUCUCAUUAAUUUCUUUUUUUUCUUUUUUUCUUUUUUUCUUUUUUUCUUUUUUUUUUUUGUGAAGCGGCUAUAAGUGGCAUAACUGUAUUUAAAAUUAACAAAUUAGUUGUAGGGUGGUUUUUUUAUACUUCUAACAUAGCAUGUGGUGUUGGCGUAUUACCGUAGAUCAAGUUUGUCUUCCACACCAAGAUGGAAAUUGUGAUUUGUUCUCUCCACCACAGUUGAAUUAUACACUUCUCUUCUGUCAUUUGGAACACUGCAGUUUACCGUGGGACACAGUGUACAUAUUUCUUGCCAUAAUGGUAAAUGAUUGAUAUAUUUAAGGAUUAAUAAAUUUGUGAUUUCUGCUGA